CGUGCACCGGAUCGAAAGCUCCCUGCUUUACCUGUCUACCAGUAAUUCUACUGUUACCGUAAUACUGUAAUACUUAGCCGUGCAACAAUGCAACGCAGAUUGCUGUUAUUACUGUGGAUUACCUGUUUUACCUAUGCGUCCCCGCUGGUGAUACAACAAAUCAGUGAAAAGAAUUUGCCUUCAUCGAACGUUCAGGUGCACUAUAAUAUCACGAGUGCAGAGAUUAACAAUUUCAAACCGAUCGACGAAGUAUCCUACAUUGAUUUCAAUUCACCACCUUCGUUUCCCUCAAAGAGACCAAACGUCUGCAACAAUUGUGUGUGCGGGGUGGGCAGAAAAACAAGAAUCGUCGGGGGUAACGUAACAAAUAUUUCUGAAUAUCCCUGGAUCGUUAGCUUCAGUAAACAAGGUACAUUUUACUGUGCUGGCAGCUUAAUAACCCGGAGGCAUGUACUCACAGCAGCUCACUGCUUGGAGGGAUUUGAAACUAGAAGCAUCAAGAUCAUAUUGGCUGACACUGACCGGCCAAAUGUGGAGAAAAAUGCCAUAAUUCGACGCAUUAAAUCAGUGGCUAUUCACGAAGACUUUCACACGUAUACAUUCAACAAUGAUAUUGCUAUCGUCGAAUUGGAUCGUCCAGUGGAUUUAAGUGGUAUUGUUCGAACCGCGUGCUUACCCGAAGACAAAGCCAUUGAUUAUACCGGUGCAACGGCCACGGUAAUUGGUUGGGGUCGAACCGGAGAGAAUCAACCCGUGAGUGACGAACUUCGAAAGGUGAAUCUUCCAAUUUUAUCACAAGAAGAAUGCGACCAAGCAGGAUACCAAAAACAACGAAUCACUGAGAACAUGUUCUGUGCUGGAUACUUGGAAGGCGAACGUGACGCUUGUUUUGGUGACAGUGGUGGUCCUCUUCACGUGAAAGGCACGUUUGGACAUUUAGAAGUAAUAGGUAUUAUUUCCUGGGGUCGUGGAUGUGCAAGGCCGAAUUUCCCAGGAAUUUACACAAAAUUAACCAAUUACCUCGGAUGGCUUAAAGAUCACCUGGACGGUGAAUGCGUGUGUCCACCACCUCGUCGCACGACGAAUUCAACUAACUAUCGAAAGAGCAAAUUUCUGUUCGAUGAAUUAUUUGGUCUCGAUAUAGACAGCAAUGUGGAUGAUAACGAAACAUUGAGAAAUUGUUCGUGCGAAUGCGGUGUGUCUAAUCAAGAACAUCGAAUCGUUGGUGGAAAACCAACAGCUCCUAACAAAUAUCCUUGGGUAGCGCGCUUAGUGUACGAGGGUCGCUUUCAUUGCGGAGCCAGUCUUGUUAAUAAUGAUUAUGUACUUACCGCGGCUCACUGUGUACGUAGAUUGAAACGUUCGAAGAUACGUGUAGUACUUGGAGAUUACGAUCAACACAUUAAUACCGAUGGACGUUCUGUGAUGAGGGCAGUAAGCGCCGUAAUUCGUCAUAGAAAUUUUGACAUGAAUUCGUACAACCACGAUGUCGCGUUAUUGAAACUUCGGAAAUCUGUUAAGUUUUCUAAAACUAUUAGACCAGUAUGUUUGCCACAAACAGGUACUGACCCAGCUGGUAAAGAAGGAACCGUGGUUGGUUGGGGCCGGACAUCGGAAGGAGGUAUGCUAGCCGGACAAGUACAGGAAGUACAAGUACCGAUAUUAAGUUUAACCCAAUGUCGUAAAAUGAAGUAUCGAGCGAAUCGAAUUACAGACAAUAUGAUUUGCGCUGGUCGAAAUAGUCAGGAUUCUUGUCAAGGUGAUAGUGGUGGUCCACUGCUUGUUCAGGAAGGGGACAGACUCGAAAUAGUUGGAAUAGUUUCCUGGGGUGUUGGAUGCGGAAGAGCAGGAUAUCCUGGGGUAUACACCAGAGUAACGAGGUACCUGAAAUGGAUAAAUACAAAUAUGGAAGAUGGAUGUAUAUGCGCAAAUUAA